AUGAUUGAGCAUGGAAGCUCCUACUUUGAUUAUCGGAGCAUUAGAGAAGUCGCCUGCAACGCCGGCGCCGGAGCCACCGCAGGAGCAAUCGCUGCGACUUUCGUGUGCCCAUUAGAUGUGAUCAAAACAAGGUUACAGGUUAUUGGUCUCCCAGAAACUCCAACCUCUGGAAAAAGAGGUAGUGUAAUCAUUACACUCCUACAGAAUAUAGUAAAGAAUGAAGGUUACAGGGGAAUGUAUCGAGGGCUUUCACCAACCAUCAUAGCUCUCCUCCCAAAUUGGGCUGUCUACUUCUCAGUGUAUGGGAAGCUAAAGAAUGUCCUGCAGUCAAGUGAUGGGAAGCUUAGUAUUGGGGCCAACAUGGUAGCUGCUGCUGGUGCUGGAGCUGCCACAUCUAUUGCAACUAAUCCCCUUUGGGUUGUCAAGACGAGAUUAAUGACGCAAGGAAUUAGGCCGGAUGUGGUACCUUACAAAAGCGUAAUGUCUGCAUUUAGUAGGAUUUGUCAUGAAGAAGGAUUCCGAGGGCUGUACAGUGGUAUAUUGCCCUCUUUGGCUGGAGUAAGCCAUGUUGCUAUACAGUUUCCAGCCUAUGAAAAGAUUAAGCAAUACAUGGCAGACAUGGAUAAUACAUCCGUCGAGGAUCUGAGUCCUGGGAAUGUUGCUAUAGCCUCUUCGAUCGCUAAAGUAAUCGCCUCUGUUCUGACUUACCCACACGAGGUAAUUAGGGCCAAACUUCAAGAACAAGGGCAAAUGAGAAACGCGGAGAACAAGUAUUCGGGAGUCGUUGAUUGUAUCAAGAAGGUGUUUCAAAGCGAAGGGAUUCCUGGAAUGUACCGUGGAUGUGCCACUAACCUGCUGAGGACAACUCCAUCAGCAGUUAUUACAUUCACAACCUAUGAGAUGAUGCUUAGAUUCUUCCGACAAGUUGUGCCACCAGAGACUAAUAAGUCGGACAAUCACAAACGAGAAGAAGGAAGAAAGAGUAUAGUUAGUCGACGAGGAGAAGAAGAAGAAGAAAAAGAAGAGAAAGAUUCGGGUUUGAGAGAAUCACAAACUCCAUCUACUAAGAUCAACACUUCACCUAUCCCGCUUGGAAGCAAAUGA